AUGCCUUAUCCUGACUUUGACUCUGCUGAUUCUUUGGAUAAUCGAUUAACUCUUGAGGAGUUGGAUUAUGAUAAGAACAAACAGAAGAAGGAGUUUGACAACCAUUUUUCUUCGUUAACUGAUGAGCAAAGGUUAACCAAAAACAUGCGGUUAACUGUUGGAGGUGCGUUACAUGAUGUUGAACAAACAAAGGUCUUUGCACAAUGGUUAUUGGACUUAGGUGAAGGGAACAUAGGUGGCUCCAACGAUGGUGAGGCAAUUAUAGAAAUACCUGAUGAUCUUCUUAUUAUGGAUUCAAAUGAUCCUGUGUCUGAUCUUAUCGACUUCGUUUAUCCUUCAAUUAUUCAAAAUUUCAGUGUUGCAACAUUUUUCCAAGAAAGAGCUAUUCUUGCACCGACUAAUGAAGUUGUAGACGAAAUUAAUGAUCGACUGCUAUCUUCAUUUCCCGGAGACGAAAAUGAAUACCUGAGUUCCGACAGUUUGUCACAUCACCGAUUAGUACUAAAAGUGGGAGUUCCUGUCAUGUUAUUACGCAACAUUGAUAAAAGAAAUGGAUUUUGUAAUGGGACUCGACUAAGAGUCUUAAUGCUAGGAUCGCGUGUUAUAGAAGCUGAAGUAAUAUCUGGAAGUAAUAUGGGCAAGCGUACUUUCAUUCCUAGAAUUGCAUUAACACCAUCAGAUAAGAAGAUUCCAUUUAAGUUUAAAAGAAGACAGUUUACUAUUGUUGUAUGCUUCACCAUGACGAUAAAUAAAAGUCAAGGUCAAUCGUUAUCCAAAGUAGAUCUUUUUCUCAGACAACCAGUCUUUUCUCUUGGUCAGCUUUACGUCGCUUUGUCUAGAGUUAAAAGCAGAGAUGGACUCAAACUCGUAAUUGUUGAUAAAGAUGGUAAACUUAUGAAUACGACACUGAAUGUUGUAUAUAAAGACGUUUUUAGAGAUUUGUAA